GCGAGGACUUCUAUCACAGUUACACACGGGAGCAAGGAAAGGAGCUCAGCCGCGUCUGGUCUCUGUUCAGCCACUGACGUCAACGAUAGGAAGCAGUUUCUGGGAAUUUCCCCAGUCCGUCUAACUGAACUACUCAGCACAGCAUGACAAAUAAGCCGAUUGACGCAAGUGUUAUCUCGCAAACGUCUCUUCCUGAAGAAGUCCAGCAGGGCCUUCCCGUCGAGACAGUGGGGAAGAGUGAGGACAUUCGAAGCCGCCGCGGCCUCACACGCGUUUCGCACCAGACUCCAGCAGGGGUCGACGCAGAAGGAUGGGAAAGCGGCGAAAAUUCGAACAAAUACAAUUUCCUUUUCCAGAGUCAACCCGCCCCACCUCGUAUCGAAGCAGAAAGAAAGCCGGGUGUGCUUCAACCGCCACGGUAUGGUGCGCAAGUAUGGCCUGAUGAUGUGUCGUCAGUGCUUCAGAGAGCGCGCGAACCAAAUCGGCUUCGUCAAGUACCGAUAAGUCUCAAGGUGUUCUACGCUGAUGACGCGACCUUCGAGCAAGCCGUGACACGGUGCGACGGAAUGGCGCCAGUGGAUGGCAGCACUGCAUGUGUUAAUCCUUAAUGGGCCGCCCCAUACGCAGGCAUGUGCGCACGUGUGUGUAUGUGGGUGUACGUAGUACAGUGAAAACGUGCGUGUUGCGGAGGAAGAACAUUCUUAGGCGUGAAAUGUGGGAGAAGGAAGACCACUUCCGAUCCUCUUUUCUUUCUCCUAGUGUGUAAUGCUCCGGGAGAGCGUCUGUUGUUUUACUGACUUUCGCAUGUAAGCAUUAAAACGCACACAGGAGCGGCGAACUCUCGCCAAAUUACGUCACCUUUUGGCUACCCAUCACUUGCGGUGGUUUAUAUAGGGACGUUGCCUUCCCGCGAUGCCGCCGCGGGCAAUUUAACAUGCAUUUAGACAAAGCGGGUUGCUCCCGUUUUUCACGGCAGAUCAUUGUUGACAGUUGCGCAGAACCGUAGCACGGAUUCCGGCGAGGCGUUGUGCAGAUUGCGAUAAGUGUUGUUUUCUUAUUGUGGUAAGAGGAACCACGUAUUUUUUGCUCGCGAAAGUAGCGGCAGCAGCGGCACAUUUCGUCGUGUGGUCUGUAUAUAACCGAGUAUCAACUUAGAUGCACAGAUGGAC